GGGGAUAAAUUGUCUUGGACCUGAAAUUUUUGGGAUAAAAUGUCUUGUGAUUAAAACUGGGAUAAAAUGUCUUCGAAAUUUCCUAGGUUUAAGAGCCUUCCUAAAAAUUCCAUUGUUACCUCCAUCCAAAAACCUCAAACCCUUGAUAAAGUAAUUUAAGUAGCAGGACUUUCUUUGGUUCCAUUACGGACCUAGCUGGUCAAAAAGAGAGCUUUUCCUUUUUCUAGGGCUUUCUCUUUUUGUUUUCUUUCCUUUUAAUUUUAUUUUGCUUCUCUUCUGCAAAAAGAAUAGCUUUCUAAUUAAUAUUUAAUUACGUUUAUUGAUUGGAAUGGACAAUGAAAUGAGUCAUUAUAAAACCACAAAAGAAGCCUAAUGCCUAAUUUAUUUAAAUAAUUCUCUUAUUUCUAUUCACCACGCAAUGUGAAAACCGAAUGCUUUCAGUGCUAGUUUUAAUUAAUUUAUUUUUCCUUCUUUGUCUUGCAAGAAUAGCAGCUACAGGAGAACCCCCAACAAUUUCUGAACAUCCUUUGGAUAUUUUGGUAGCGAAAGAUGAUCCGGCUACUUUGAGGUGUGAGGCAGAAGGAGAAGGAGUUGAAAUAACUUGGUAUAAAGACUCGGAACCUGUUAAAGUUGGGAACGGUCAUCGUCUUUUGUUACCUGAUGGUUCUUUGCUUCUUUUAAAAGUUAAAAGUGGCGGACCUGAUUCCGAUGCUGGUGUUUAUUAUUGUGUAGCAAAAAAUAAAUUUGGCGAAGUCAGAUCGCAAGAAGCAAAUUUACGGGUUGCCAUGCUUCGAGAAGAGUUUCGAAUUAAUCCUCAUUCUGUACAGGCCCUCAUAGGCAAUCGAGUCACUUUGGAUUGUCUACCUCCCAAAGGCUUUCCAGAACCUGUAGUUAGUUGGAGAAAGGAUGAAAGAGAAUUAAAUACUCAAAACAACGAAAAAUAUCAAUUAAUGGAUAGUGGGAAUUUGGUCGUUGAAAAUGCACAAAAAUCAGAUGCAGGCUUUUACCAAUGUGUUGCUUCCAAUUCAGUUGGAGAAAGAAUAUCAAAACCAGCUAGACUUUCAGUCUAUGAAAAACCUAAAUUUUUGGUUGAACCCAGAAAUGUGGUAACUGAAGUAAAUUCUUCUGUCCUUUUUGAAUGUAAAGUUGCUGGAGAGCCUUUACCUACCAUCUCUUGGAAAAAGCGCGAUGGACAAAUGCCAAUUGGACGAGCUUAUGUAGCAAGGGAUAGAGGAGGCCUUAGAAUUGAUAGAGUACAACCCCAAGAUUCGGGCGAGUAUAUUUGUUUUGCUAAAAAUCCAGUAGGAAAUGUUGAAUCUUCUGCUCAUUUACACAUUAAUUCACCUCCAUUAUUUACUAAACUUCCACAAAAUUUACGUUUAAUACCUGGCAAAACAGCAAUUUUUGAAUGUGAAGCUUUUGGGCAGCCAAUUCCAAGAAUUUUUUGGAGUAAAGAAGGAGAUCAGCUUUUUACUUUCUUCUCUGGCCUAGUUUCAUCAGAUGGACGUAUUCAAGUUACAAAUGAAGGGCGUUUAAUAAUUGACAAUAUUCGUCAAAUAGAUCAAGGAAUUUAUGUUUGUGCUGCUGCUAAUUCUGCUGGUUCUACAUUGGCAAAAGCUUCGUUGUCUAUAAUAAGUGAUGCUACUUCACAUCCUCCACCAAUCAUUCAAUAUGGUCAUCAAAAUCAAACUUUAAUGCUUAACGAUAUGGCAAUACUUCCCUGUCAGGCAACUGGACGUUUACCUGUUGUAAUUAAUUGGAUGAAAGAUGAUAUGCCUUUAAAUCUAAAUUCGAGUGAUUACAAAAAUCGUUAUCGACAACAAUCGAUGGGGACAUUACAAAUAUCUGACUUGAAGAAGGAAGACAGUGGAAUCUUUACAUGUAAAGCAUCAAAUGAAGAUGGAGAAACUACUUGGACAUCAUCUCUUGUAGUUGAAGAACAUACAAAUCGAAAUACAAAUUUUCAAAGAAUGCCUGAUGCUACAGUUCUUCCUUCUUCUCCAGGAAAGCCAAAUUUGUUAAAUAUUUCUGAUGAUGGAAUUGUUGAAUUGGAAUGGACAGCUCCUGAACGACAAGGGGCUUCGCCUAUUGUUGGAUAUAUAAUUCAAUAUUGGAGUCCUGAGAUGGGAGAGUCUUGGCAAAAUAUAAUGGAUGUUGUAACCACCACUCGUUUUCGUAUCAAAAACCUUCGACCUGGGCGUUCCUACAUUUUCUUGAUUAGAGCAGAAAAUUCAAAAGGAAUAGGAUUACCAUCACAGCCAAGUUCUCUUGUAACAAUUUCUACACCUAUUGGAUAUAGAGAACCUGAGGAAGGUAGUGAAACCUCUUCUCAAUUUGGAAGAAUGUUGGAUAUGGAAACUGCUAGACAAAAACUUUCUUCUGAACAAUUGGUUAAAUUAGUAGAAGUUAGACCUUUAAAUUCUUCAGCGAUGCUUUUAAGCUGGAAAAGGCAGAAAAAGGAACCUCUAGUCCAAGGUUAUUAUAUUAAAUGGCGUGGACCUCCUUUACCUCACGACCACAGUUGGGUGAAUGUAACCGAUCCUGAAAUUGAACACAUAAUCAUUAAUGGAUUGAGGCCUUUUAACAAUUAUGAAUUUUUUGUGAUACCUUAUCGUUAUCAAAUACAAGGAAUGCCUUCAAAUUCACUUGAUGGGACAACAAUGGAAGCUACCCCAACAAUGCCCCCUUCUGAUGUUCGUCUUCGUAUGUUAAAUAUAAGUUCUUUACGAAUAUCCUGGCGUCCACCACCAACAGAUCAUAUCAACGGAAUUUUAAAAGGAUUUUUAAUAAAUAUAAAAAGUAACCAUUCCUCUGUUGAAGAUCGUAAUAUAACAACAAAUGAAAGAGCAACAAGCGUUACUUUGUAUCGUUUAAUUCCAAAUGCUAGUUAUGCAAUUCGUGUUGCGGCAAGAACAAAUGCUGGAGUUGGAAUAUUUUUUGACGAAGAGCCUGUUGUUAUGAGUAAGUUUGUCUUUUUUUUUGAUAGAUUUUUAUGGAGGGAGAUGAGAUAUCAAAAAAAAAUUUAUUUUUUGGGAUAA